UGGGUCAACAUGAACGCUCUGACUGUGAUUUCCGUGGCAGCCCUCGUGGCUAGCGGCAGCGCCUCCUUGCUUGCGUACAACGGCGUAUAUGGAGGCCAUCACGGUCUUCUUGGCGCCUAUCCUUAUGCAGGUUAUUCUGGUCUGCACCCUUACUCAUACGCAGGUGUCCUUCCUGCAGCUGCUCAUCUCAACUUGAAAACACCUGUGGUUAACACCCUGGCUCCUGCUCCUGUCUCCUACAACGUAGCUCCCUUCGCACCUGUAGCACCUGUCCAGUCUCAGUACCACGCUCAGGAUGAGCUCGGUCAGUACUCCUUCGGUUACGCCGGCGGUCCUUCUUCACGCGCUGAGUCUCGCGACGCCUUCGGUGUUGUCCGUGGUUCAUACAACUACGUGGACUCUGAGGGAAAGGUUCAGACCCAGCACUACGUGGCCGACGCCCUCGGAUUCCGUGUGUCUGGAACCAACCUUCCAGUGGCUCCCGACGCCCCUGUAGCUGCUCCUCUGGCCGCCCUUCCCGGUCCUCUUCCCGAACCCGUCCAGGACACUCCUGAAGUAGCCGCCGCCAAGGUCGCCCAUCAACAAGCCUACGACGAAGCUGCAGCCGCCGCCGCUGCCGCCCCUGACACCCGCAAGAAGCGCUCCGUACUUGCGGCUCCUGGUCUCGGCGUCUACUCUCCUCUCCGUUUCUCCUACGGCUUCUCCACUCCCCUCCACUACGCCCACCCAGCACCCUAUGCUUCACCUCUUCACUACACUGCCGCCCAUCCCGCCCUCACCACCUACAACGCUGCCCACGUCCCCACCACAUAUGCUGCCGCCGCCGCCGGACCCGCUCUCCGUGACGCCGAGCUCCUGCGUGUGGUGCACAACCCCGGCCACGCCACCUCCUACCGCACUGUGAUUUCCGUGGCAGCCCUCGUGGCUAGCGGCAGCGCUUCCUUGCUUGCGUACAACGGUGUAUAUGGAGGCAAUCACGGUCUUCUUGGCGCCUAUCCUUAUGCAGGUUAUUCUGGUCUGCACCCUUAUUCAUACGCAGGUGUCCUUCCUGCAGCUGCUCAUCUCAACCUCAAAACACCUGUGGUCAACACCCUGGCUCCUGCUCCUGUCUCUUACAACGUAGCUCCCUUCGCACCUGUAGCACCUGUCCAGUCUCAGUACCACGCUCAGGAUGAGCUCGGUCAGUACUCCUUCGGUUACGCCGGCGGUCCUUCUUCACGCGCUGAGUCUCGCGACGCCUUCGGUGUUGUCCGUGGUUCAUACAAUUACGUGGACUCUGAGGGGAAGGUUCAGACUCAGCACUACGUGGCUGAUGCCCUCGGAUUCCGUGUAUCCGGCACCAACCUUCCAGUGGCUCCCGACGCCCCUGUAGCUGCCCCUCUGGCCGCCCUUCCCGGUCCCCUUCCCGAACCUGUCCAGGACACUCCUGAGGUAGCCGCCGCCAAGGUCGCCCAUCAGCAGGCUUACGACGAAGCUGCAGCCGCCGCUGCUGCCGCCCCCGAUACCCGCAAGAAGCGCUCCGUCCUAGCGGCUCCCGGCCUCGGCGUCUACUCUCCUCUCCGUUUCUCCUACGGCUUCUCCACUCCCCUCCACUACGCCCACCCAGGAUCCUAUGCUUCUCCUCUUCACUACACUGCCGCCCAUCCCGCCCUCACCACCUACAACGGUGCCCACGUCCCCACCACAUACGCCACCGCCGCCGGACCCGCUCUCCGUGACGCCGAGCUCCUCCGUGUGGUCCACAACCCCGGCCACGCCACCUCCUACCGCAGCAAGAGUCUUACAAAUAUCAGUAUCCACACCUGUAGGCAUAACCGGAUGUGGAAGGCAGAGCCACGCCCAUCCCAUGACGGUCAGGACGUCCACAGGUAUAUAAGGGACGUCUGCCGCUUUUCCAGACAGACAGCUCCUCGACGGUGGGUCAACAUGAACGCUCUGACUGUGAUUUCCGUGGCAGCCCUCGUGGCUAGCGGCAGCGCUUCCUUGCUUGCGUACAACGGUGUAUAUGGAGGCCAUCACGGCCUCCUUGGCGCCUAUCCUUAUGCAGGUUAUUCUGGUCUGCACCCUUAUUCAUACGCAGGUGUCCUUCCUGCAGCUGCUCAUCUCAACUUGAAAACACCUGUGGUUAACACCCUGGCUCCUGCUCCUGUCUCUUACAACGUAGCUCCCUUCGCACCUGUAGCACCUGUCCAGUCUCAGUACCACGCUCAGGAUGAGCUCGGUCAGUACUCCUUCGGUUACGCUGGCGGUCCUUCUUCACGCGCUGAGUCUCGCGACGCCUUCGGUGUUGUCCGUGGUUCAUACAACUACGUGGAUUCUGAGGGAAAGGUUCAGACUCAGCACUACGUGGCUGACGCCCUUGGAUUCCGUGUGUCCGGCACCAACCUUCCAGUGGCUCCCGACGCCCCUGUGGCUGCUCCUCUGGCAGCCCUUCCCGGUCCCCUUCCCGAACCUGUCCAGGACACUCCUGAGGUAGCCGCCGCUAAGGUCGCCCAUCAGCAGGCAUACGACGAAGCUGCAGCUGCCGCUGCUGCCGCCCCCGAUACCCGCAAGAAGCGCUCCGUCCUUGCGGCUCCCGGCCUCGGCGUCUACUCUCCUCUCCGUUUCUCCUACGGCUUCUCCACUCCCCUCCACUACGCCCAUCCAGCAGCCUAUGCUUCACCUCUUCACUACACUGCCACCCAUCCCGCCCUCACCACCUACAACGCUGCCCACGUCCCCACCACAUACGCCACCGCCGCCGGACCCGCUCUCCGUGACGCCGAGCUCCUUCGUGUGGUCCACAACCCCGGCCACGCCACCUCCUACCGCGUGCUCAACUACAUGUCCUCAGGAACUACUUGGUGGUACAUGAUGCCUGUAAAUGGUGUGCUAAAAUCGAGUGUUGACACUACCUAUGUUAGUCCACACAAUGUAAAAAGCAAUCAUGUAAAUCACAAUCAUAUAUUUAGAAACAUUUUAACUUGGAUUACUAUUGAAACUUUGUGUGAAAAUAUAAGUAUGUAUCCGGAUGUGGAAGGCAAAGCCCCGCCCAUCCCAUCGCCAUCGGCUGAUGGUCAGGACGUCCACAGGUAUAUAAGGGGCGGCUGCCGCUUUUCCCGACAGACAGCUCCUCGACGGUGGGUCAACAUGAACGCUUUGACUGUGAUUUCCGUGGCAGCCCUCGUGGCUAGCGGCAGCGCUUCCUUGCUUGCGUACAACGGCGUAUAUGGAGGCCAUCACGGCCUUCUUGGCGCCUAUCCUUAUGCAGGUUAUUCUGGUCUGCAUCCUUAUUCAUACGCAGGUGUCCUUCCUGCAGCUGCUCAUCUCAACCUCAAAACACCUGUGGUCAACACCGUGGCUCCUGCUCCUGUCUCUUACAACGUAGCUCCCUUCGCACCUGUAGCACCUGUCCAGUCUCAGUACCACGCUCAGGAUGAGCUCGGUCAGUACUCCUUCGGUUACGCUGGCGGUCCUUCUUCACGCGCUGAGUCUCGCGACGCCUUCGGUGUUGUCCGUGGUUCAUACAACUAUGUGGACUCUGAGGGAAAGGUCCAGACUCAGCACUACGUGGCUGACGCCCUCGGAUUCCGUGUGUCCGGAACCAACCUUCCAGUGGCUCCCGACGCCCCUGUAGCUGCUCCUCUGGCCGCCCUUCCCGGUCCCCUUCCCGAACCCGUCCAGGACACUCCUGAGGUAGCCGCCGCCAAGGCCGCCCAUCAGCAAGCCUACGACGAAGCUGCAGCCGCCGCCGCUGCCGCCCCCGACACCCGCAAGAAGCGCUCCGUCCUUGCGGCUCCCGGCCUCGGCGUCUACUCUCCUCUCCGUUUCUCCUACGGCUUCUCCACUCCCCUCCACUACGCCCACCCAGCACCCUAUGGCUCUCCUCUUCACUACACUGCCGCCCAUCCUGCCCUCACCACCUACAACGCUGCCCACGUCCCCACCACAUACGCCGCCGCCGGACCCGCUCUCCGUGACGCCGAGCUCCUCCGUGUGGUCCACAACCCCGGCCACGCCACCUCCUACCGCGUGCUCAACUGAGUGCCACGAGCUCACUCACUCAGUCACUUGUGUGGACUUGUUGUGUAGAGCACUCGCCUCAUCCUCACCAGUCGAGUGUUGACACUUUCCUUGUUAGUCCACACAAUGUAAAAAGCAAUCAUGUAAAUCACAAUGUAAAAUAUAUUUCUC